AUGCAAUACAAACUGCGAGCCGCGAGGCCGUGCAGCACUACAGCUCACCCGCCUUGCCUGGGGGCCGGCGCCGGCGACGAGACUUCCCGUCAAAUACCGAGAUUAGCCUAUACAUUGCAGAAUGCAGACUGCAGGCUGGGCUGCAGCACCCCUAGCCCCCAGGUGAACUCUUGGUCCGUGGUUAAAGAGUACACGUACGAUGGCCCGUUAUCUUCAACAGAGAUGGUAGUCUGCACUAUUGCGCUCCUCUUAGCUGAAAUCGAUUUGCGCGGUACCCCGUAUAGGCAGGCGCUCGCUAAGAAAGGCACGUACAACACCGGUCCCCUCGAGGCUGAGCGCCGGUGCCAUGGCCAAGGCGCCAAAACCCUUGAGGAGGCUGCGGUCGGUUCGGUUCGGUUCGGGCCCGGUGGCCCCACGUGCAAAUCUCCCUCGCUUAGCGUCUAUCCUUCCAUCCAAGGUACUACGUACGUAUACAGUAGUGUGGUAUACGCUGAAGGAGAACUGGGUGCCACGCGUGCCGGGCAUGCGACCUCACAACGUCUCCGCGAGGGAUCCCGGCCAGCCAGCCAGCCGAGCAUGAGACAGACAGACAGACCUCCUCACGCUCAUGAUAGCAUAUUGCCACGUUCGUCCGUCCGUUCGAUCUCCCCGUCGUCGCCGCUCACUCAUCGUCCGAGGGUUCUUGGCUUCAAGACAAAGAGCUUGGCUAGAGUAGGUACGACCCCGACUCUGGCGACGGAACCCGCUCUCGCUUCUGGAGAGCAAACCAAAACCCCCUCGUCUCGGAAUACGACCCCGUCCCCCGUCCCCCGUCCCCCGUCCCCCUUGCAAACAGGCCCGGCAGAAAGAAAUCCCCUGCGUCUCUCGUACCCAAGCCGCCCACCGAACCCAGGCUUACCUAGUAGUAAACAGAAACCUCUCGCCGCCGAGGUGGUUGGACCAACGAUCAAGCAUCCCCGAUACCCUCCCGCCCCCAAUCUGAUGGAGAGCACGUUUGGACUUGGGAUGCGAAUGAUGAAGGAUGAUGGAUGGGUUCACACGCGAUCCUCGUAA